CAUUUGUCAGCAACCUGGCGUGCAUGGCUAACCAAAGAAACAUCCUUACUCUCUCUGGACCUUCCCAACCCCAAACAUUCUUCCAAUGCUGCUUAAGACUCUCAUUGGCAGAACGAGCUGAGAAUUGGCCUGAAGCAUUUAAACUCCAAUACGUCUCAUCCUCCUCAUUGUCAUCCAAAGGAGGCAGAACAGGAGCAAUAACUAUUACCGUAUUUACAGUAUUUGCUGUCCUGAAAGCUUGGAGGAAAAAGAUCACUACAAGCAAUAAAGAAGACAUUCCUGGUGGCCUUGGCCUACCUUUUGUAGGUGAAACCUUGUCUUUUCUUUCUGCUACUAACAGUACAAGAGGGUGCUAUGAUUUUGUUAGGCUACGACGAAAAUGGUAUGGAAAGUGGUUCAAGACCAGAAUUUUUGGCAAGAUCCAUGUUUUUGCUCCAAGUACAGAAGCUGCAAGAAAGGUGUUCACUAAUGAUUUUGGGGAAUUCAACAAAGGGUAUAUCAAAUCAAUGGCAACUGUUGUCGGAGAGAAGAGUGUAUUUGCUGUACCACUUGAAAGCCACAAAAGGAUUAGACACAUUCUGUCUGCUCUUUUCUCCAUCCCCUCGUUAUCCAUAUUUGUCCAAAAAUUUGAUCAAAUGCUAUCUCAGAGAUUGAAGAACUUACAAGAAAGAGGGAUAACCUUUGCAGUUCUUGACUUCACCAUGAAGCUCACCUUGGAUUCAAUGUGCAACAUGCUAAUGAGCAUUACAGAAGAAUCCUUGCUAGAACAAAUUCUGAGAGACUGCGCCGCGGUUUCUGAUGCCUUGCUAUCUGUUCCUCUCAUGAUUCCUGGCACCACUUACUACAAAGGCAUGAAAGCAAGAGAAAGGCUCAUGGAGAUCUUCAAAGAGAAGAUUGCGAGACGACGGAGUGGGGAGGAGUAUAAAGACGAUUUCCUCCAGUCUUUGUUAGAAAGAGAUUCGUAUCCAUCAAGUGAAAGGCUUCAGGAUUCUGAGAUUAUGGAUAACCUGUUAACAUUACUAGUUUCAGGGCAGGUUAGCUCUGCAGCUACCAUGAUGUGGAGUGUCAAGUUCCUGGAUGAGAACAAAGAAGUUCUGGACAAGCUCAGGGAAGAACAAUCGAACAUAGCCAAAAAUAUGCAAGGAGCUUCACUUUCCAUGGAAGAUUUAAACAAGAUGUCCUAUUGCUACAAGGUUGUCAAGGAAUCACUGAGAAUGUCAAAUGCUGUUUUAUGGCUUCCCCGAGUGGCGCAGAAAGAUUGCACAGUUGAUGGUUUUGAAAUAAAGAAAGGAUGGAAUGUAAACGUUGAUGCAACUCACAUACAUUAUGACCCAGCUCUUUACAAGGACCCUCUGCGAUUCAACCCUUCAAGAGUUGAUGAAAUGCAAAAACCAUACAGUUUCAUACCAUUUGGAGCUGGACCUCGCACUUGCUUGGGAAUAGAAAUGGCAAAGUUGUCUAUGUUGGUCUUCAUACACAGGCUGACCAGUGAAUACGAGUGGAGAAUUGAAGAUCCGGACCCAAGUCUGGAAAGGACCACACAUGUUCCUAGACUGAGAACCGGGUUGCCCAUAACUCUGAAGCCCUUAAAAAGUGCGAGCCAAGACUGAUGAGAUCAACAUUCCACAAUGUUCAAAGCUUUUUAAGUUAUGCUAACAUAUGUAACAUACUUAAUAUUUUCAAAUUUAAACUACUCUUCUCAUACUUA